AACAUAACAUAACCUCAAAUAUUUCUUGUCUCGUUCUCGUUUGUGUUUUGAAUUUUGAGUAUUGGAAUCUGGGUGGUAAAUUGUGAAAAAUACUGAAAUAUCACAGAAAUUUCACGUUAAAAAAUGAAUAAAAAACCAUCAUUGGCUGAUAAAAUAGCAGGCGUCCUUAGCGCCGUGCCAACACAAUUCGAUCCGGACGAUGAAAACCUGGACGAAACCAGAGCAAAACUUACUGAAAUUGAGGAACUACAACAUGAAAUAGAUAACGAUAUUGAUUAUGCUCUCCUGAGUAAAUUCAGGAAGCAAAAUGUUGAUUUGCUGGCUGACGUGGAUCAGAGGUAUGCUGGAAAAAGAGGCAACAGGAAAAGUCUAAAAGGGGAGAGCUCGGAUGAGGAAGGAUCUGAUGGUGAUGGUGCUGGAAAUGAUUCAGAAGUGAAUUCUGAUGAAGACUCUAAUGAUGCAAAUGCUUCAGAUGAACAGCCAAGUGAUAGCGAAGAUGUUUCAGGAGAAGAAUCAGAAAAUGAAAAUUCUGAAGCUUCCAUUGACCUAUCCGAUACCGAAGAUACCAAUUUCCAACAUAUGACUGAAACCAACGUUUCGGAGCAAGUCAACAAAGGCCUUUGUGUGAGAAAUCAAAUGAACAUCUGGGAAAGUUUAUUAGAAAUGAGAAUACAAAUGCAAAAAUCUUUAGUUGCUGCCAAUAAGUUGCCCCAAAAAUCUAAGUUCAAAGAAGUGCUUUCGGACACUGAUUUUAAAAAUAAAGUUAAAGAAACUAAAGAUAGUUUGGGAAACGUCUUGGAUAAGUUUUUGGAUUUGCAAAACUUGUUAAUUAAAAAAUAUCCCGAAACGAAGAGCUUAGGGAAUAAUUCUAAAGUUGAAGUCCAAGUAGAAAGUGAUGAAGAAAUUCCUAGCGAUACUGAAGAUGAAGUUGAGGAAGAAAGUGAGCAGGAGGAACACCCUCCUCCACAAUCAUCUAAAAAAAGAAAACUCGAUGAAUAUGAAAAAGACAUUUCAGACUUGCAUAAUAAAUAUAAAAAAUAUAGAAACGAAACCAUAGAAAAAUGGAAUACAAAAACUAGACUAUCCACAAUGAAAACUUCUGGUCCAACACUCUCUGUAACUAGUCAAAUAGAGCACAUUUUAAGUGAUAAAGAAAAACUAAGGAAAAGAACGCAACUUAAAAAAAGCGAAUUCAAAAUAUUAGGCCAAAAAGAUAGUAGUGAGAGUAUUUUGGAAAGUAAUGAAGAUAAUGGAGAUGUUAAGCAGGCAGAGGAAUAUAACUCUGAAAUAUUUGAUGACAGCGAUUUUUAUCAUCAACUAUUGCGGGAAUUAAUUGAAGUUAAAUCAGCAGAUAUCACGGAUCCUGUUCAGUUGGGCCGACAAUGGAUUCAAUUGCAAAAUUUAAGAAGCAAAAUGAAAAGGAAAAUUGAUACUAGAGCAACAAAAGGACGGAAGAUUAGAUAUGCUGUUCAUACUAAAUUAGUAAAUUUCACUGCUCCAAAUGAUCAGCAAUUGUGGACAGAAGACGCUAAAAAUGAACUUUAUAGUUCGCUGUUUGGAAAGAUAAAAGCUAAGCCAGUGUGAAAAUUUGUUGAAGAUUGGGUGAGCGGAUUAAAUCAAACCAGAUGUUGAGGUGUAUAUAAGUUUUUUUUAAUUGUUUUUCUUAAUGUACAUUGUUUAAAAUGGUUGACAGAUAUAGUUUUAUAUUUAUUUACAAUAGUUAAGCUACUAGUGUAUCUUAGUUUCAGGCAAAUAAUGUAAACAAAAAUCCUAAAUUAUUUUAUAAAACUGGUCAUUUGGUUUACUUUUUUCUUACAUUGGCUAAAACAUGUAUUUCUGGAAAGAAUUGAAAAAAGCACGUUUUUGAUAUACAUACAUAUUCUUGCCCUUAUAAUUAAAUUACAUAGCUGGAAGGAUAUUAUUUGGUAAAUUUGUACAGGCAAUCCUAUGAGUUUAAAUUUAGAAAAAAAAAACAACAUUAUCUUAUCAACCUUUAGAGUUUGAUUAUUUUUACUAUUUAGUAAUUUGUUUAAAAAUCUAAUUAAACUACAUAUAGAUGAGUAAAUUUCAAUUGCCUCUACAAAUUGGAAUGGUGAUUUGCCCUAAUAAUUAUAAUAAUAUUAAGCAAAAAAAAAAGAAACCUUUCAAUCAUUCAUUAUUAUUAUUGAGGCAUAUUUUUUGAUUAGUUAUAAUCAUGGAAUGAAGUACUGAUGUUAGCCAUUUUCCCUCUUAGUCGUAUCUAGUUGUUAUUAAACCAACACAAAAUUGCAAAAAUCAGCACAGUUACUGCAUCUCACACCUGUAUAUUAUAUUAUAUAAUUAAAUUGAUAUAGAUAGUUAAUCCUAAAACUUGUUUUUGUAUUUUUUUCUCGCCUAUAAUCUAAAGUAUUCUAAAACACUGACAAGCCUUUAUACAAUCCAAGGGUCUUGUCUCUAAGAAAAUAUAUUAUAUUAUUUUCUAAACUUUGUUUUUUUAAAUUUAAACAAUCUUUUAACAAAAUUAAUUUAUAAUCUCAGGUACAGCACAAUUAAUAUUAAAAUAAAAACUGCUAAAGGAAUGGUUUUAAUGCAAACGCAGCAAUAGAAAUGAUCCUGAAUAGAUUUUCAGAAAAAUUGCUAGGACAUUUUAAUUUAAUUUAAGAGAUUACUUUUGCUAUAAGAUCUAUUUUUUUAGUCCCUAAAAUUUUAUCUAAAUUUUAUAAUAAUUUAAAAAAAAACACUCUUUUGUGUCAAUAUUUCUCAUCAUAAUUUAAAAUUUUACUAUCAAUUAUGCUUCACAUUCUUUAAUUAAUCACAUACUUUGCGGGCUUCACACAGGGAGCCAAAAAAAACUCAAACUAAACUCUUAUUAGUUGAACCUGCUUAUUCAAAAAUUAGUUAAACGAGCAACUUCAAUUGAGCUGAGUUAUUAUGUUUCAACCAAUCUGAGUACAGAUGAAGAUCUGUUACAGGAAAAUAUAAAAAGUAAUCAAAAUUGCUCCUGCUUACAUGAGAUUAAAAUAGGUCUAACUUAAAAUGAAAAAUACUAGUAGACAAUUUCUACUCAAAUGAAAAUUUGGAUGUCAAAUCUUCCAAUUAAUUUCAAUUUUGAGAGAGAAUAUUAUAUUAUGUACUCAAUUUUUCGUUUUUUUUUUUUUUUUUUUAAUUGUGACAUCUCAAAAUAGCAUACGCUAAUUAUUAUUAUAUUUCCUUGGCCUACUAGUCAUUUUUGGUGUAUACAACGUCAACCAGGUAUCUUUUAAGAGCAAACAAAUAAAACUACAAACUUAAGUUUGGCAAACAGUUUUGGUUUACUUCACUAUUUUUAUUAUAGCCCAAAAAAAAAAUUAUAAUGUUUUUCUUAUUUGUUCCAACAUUAGAUAUAUAUGUAUUUAUUUUGUUUUAAAUUCACUAGUAAUUAAUCUCAGUUUUAGGUAAUCUCGAUUUUUUUUUUGUGGUGUUUUCAAAUUACAUCUUGCUCCUUACCUCGUGCGCUUUUUUCACAAUUGCUAGUUUGGAGUGGGGAUCGAGCACUGGCAAUUCUGUGUAAGGUGGUUCUUUGGUACCGUGUAGCAUUAGGGACCAUUCCUUGAAGAAACCUGUUUGUGGGGUUUCUGAGUUGAAUUUUAUCUGG